AUGUCUUAUACAGCAGUUUUGCAGAAGAUGCAGAAGUAUUCUUCAUAUGAGCUGUCUCAGAACAGCAAGGCAAAGUACAGUCAGAAUAAGUUGAAGGAUAUGUUCAAAGAAGUUGAGGAGGUAGAGGAUUUUGCUAACAACAGACUGAAUUCCAAAGGGCUCAGUGGAAAGGUUGGAGGCACUGGGGAGAGGUUAGUGACUGGGUCAAAUUCUGGGAUGCACAAUACAGAAGAAAUGAAAAGAUUGCAGAAUCCUUUAGGACAAGUUAAUGAUGGAAAAUAUUUACUUGAAAAUCACCAGAUGGCCAUGGAUAUGGAGAAUAAUGUUGAAAAAUAUCACCUCAAUCUACAGCCCCUGGAAUCAAAGGUGAAAAUCAUUCAGAGAGCCUGGCGUGAGUACGUGCAGAGGCAGGACCCUCUGGAGAAGAGGAGCCCGUCCCCAUCCUCUGUGUCCUCAGAGAAGCUGAGCAGCUCUGUCAGCAUGAACACCUUCUCAGACAGCAGCACACCUGUGAGUGCCAUGUUUCCUUUUUAUGGCCUGACUGGCCAAUCAUUUGAUCACCAGGUCUUUGAUUCCAAGAAAGGAAUCUCAAGAUGUGAGCAGGUGGUUCAUUGAUAGGAGGAUCUACAUUGUUUAUUUGCUAUAU